AUGGCCAAUCCGGUCGAAGCGUACAGGAAGCUCCAAAAGAAACGGGAAAGGGAAAAGAACCGUAAAGGAAGGCAGGAAGCAAGAGAUGCCGCGAGACUUGUUCAAGACCCUGAAAAACUUAAGAAGGAACUAGAUGAACUUUCUCACAAAAGCAUCAUCGGAAGGAUAAAUGAUACCGAUGCUGAAAGAAAGGCGAAACUAGAAAAAUUGUGGCAGAAGCAUUCCGCUAAUCUAGCCGUGGCUGCAGUCCAACCACCGGAAGACGAUACGUCUGUCGACGAUUCAAAGUCUGACAGUAGCUCGUCUGGCGAUGACAGCGAUGAAGAGGAGACCAAGUGCGUUAUACAAAUCGCAGGCAAACCGAUUUUAAAAACCGACAACACCAAGCGCAAACUAAAGCGUGAUGACGUUCAAGAUGAAUGUACAGUGGAAAGUAUAAAAUGUGCUCCACCAAUGCCUCCGAAUACGGAAACCGUCAGCGGGAACACUGGCCAAAAUGUACAGGUGGGACAUACGACGGGCUUUAAAAGGCAUACAUCACACGUAAACCAGGGUGUACAAGCACCGAGACCCAAACCUAUAGGGAUUAACCCUAAUAUACAGCACAUACCACCGCCACCUCCUCCUCCACCACCACCAAAGAAAAAAGUAGCAAUUGAGCUUCCUCAGGGGGCAGCGAAAGAGGCGCCUAGCUUUCCACUGAACUCCUACUUCGUUCCCAAUCAACUCAGGAUUAAUCAGGGAAAAAAAUGA